AUGACAGCGACAGAUCCCGUACAGCCGCCUGGUGAGGCCGCGCCCGAAAUUUUGGAGGGGCGCAUUUGGGUCGAUGGCUGCUUCGACUUCUUCCAUCACGGCCAUGCGGGAGCCAUUGUUCAGGCACGGCAGUUGGGAGAUGAGCUUUACGUGGGGGUUCAUUCGGAUGAGGCUAUUCUAGAGAACAAGGGACCUACCGUCAUGACUCUUGAUGAACGUAUGGCCGCCGUUGAUGCGUGCAGGUGGGUGACGCAAUCCGUCAGCCGCGCACCCUACGUGACGGACCUCGGCUGGAUCAGCCAUUACGGAUGCAAAUACGUGGUCCACGGCGACGACAUCACCUCGGACAGCAGCGGCGAGGACUGCUACCGGUUCGUCAAGGAGGCGGGGCGAUUCCGCGUGGUUAAGCGCACGCCGAGCAUCUCGACGACGGACCUGGUCGGGCGCAUGCUGCUCUGCACGCGCACCCACUUUAUCCGCAGCCUCGAAAAGGCCCUCGCCGGCCUCGAGGGCAGCGGCACGGCCGAGGAGAAGAAGGAGGCCGGCGAGGCCAUGACGGAGCGCAUGCGGCUCUACGCGACGGAUGCGUCGGCCAAGCGGCCCGGCGCCGACGUGUACUUUUGGGCCGCCUCGCAGGAGGCCAAGGCGACCGACUCGGAGGAGGAGAGGGGCUCGUUCCGACAGCUGUUUGACGGGCCCGGGCCCAAGCCGGGCCAGAGGAUCGCCGAGGAGGAGGCUGCGCGGGGCCGCGGGUGGUAUGAGGAGAAGGCGGUGGCCGGGCGGGUCUCGCUGGCCGGCGUUGAUUACGCUCCGGCUUUUGUCGUGGCUGGGGUGCAUGACGACGAUGUGAUUAAUCAGUGGAAGGGCGUCAACUACCCGAUCAUGAACAUAUACGAACGCGUACGUGAGCUCGGUCGUUUUCGGCGCACCAUUCUCGCCUACCAAGCUAUACCUGACAGGCCUCCCUCGGGAACACCCGACGUCGUCUACCACGGCCCGACAUCCUUUAUGCCCCUCACGUACGACCCUUACACGGCGCCCAAGGAGAUGGGCAUCUACCAGGAGAUUGGGGCGCACAGCUACGAGGACGUCAACGCGGGCACCAUUGUUCAGCGCAUCAUGAAGAGCCGAGACGUGUAUGAGGCGCGGCAGAGGGCCAAGGGCGUCAAGGCCGAGGUAGAAGCGGCUCACCGGGAAAGAGAGCUGUUAGAACAGGAGCAGUUGAGGAAAGAAGCGGAGAGGGGGGCGCGUAGUACCGCGUCUCGUCUCGGAAAUGAGGAGAGGAAGGAGAUGCAGGAAAGAUGA